AUGCAGAGAAAGAUAUGGGUGAAACGCCCUGGCGCCUCCGCGACACGAGUCGAAGUCGCCGAAGAUGACCUGGUCGAUAACGUCCGCGAUGUCAUUCUGCAAAAAUACGCCAAUUCCCUUGGGCGCAGUAUCGAUUCCCCAGACAUCACCCUCAAAAUAGUCAGUCGUGAACAAAACAACAAAAACGUCACCGCCGAGCGUGCUUUGGGUCCAGAGGAGCCCAUCGGCCAGACCCUCGAUGCCCACUACCCUGGCGGCCAAACCGUCGACGAAGCUCUCAUCAUCGACGUUCCCCAACGCAGAACCACUCCUCGAGCGUCUCCCCGACCGGGCAACCAUCAUAUCUAUUACUAUCCCGAGCACUUCCGCCCCGAUGAAGCUGCCCGCGAGUACUUUCCUCCCAUGCAGCUGCACUCUCCUCACCUCGCCCACGUACCUCACCCCAACUCGGUUCCUCAUUCCAUGGCUGUUUUGACGACUGGUCAGCUGCCGCCGCUGCCGAGCCCUGGCUCGCAUGGGCAAAGGAGACAUGCAAGGCCGAAAUAUGGAAGGCAACACACGAGUAGUCCCACGAUCCUUCACACUGUCCAGCCGAACGGGCAGAUUAUAGAGUCGAAGGCACCCAUCAACGGCCCUGUCCCAUCGGCACCGCCACUACCAACACCGCCAGCUCAGGGACCGAAUGAACACAAGCCAUCCAUUACACCUCCCAAUCGGGUCUCUUCCCCCCACCCAGGCCAGAAAGCGAAGAGAAGGAAAGGCCCCUUUGCUGCCCAGGCCGCGAAUGGCGACCCUCAGGCUACUCCCAAAUCACUUCCCGCCGCUGCAAGCUUGCUGGACGGGACCGUGCCGCCGAUCAAUGUGUUGCUCGUGGAAGACAAUGUUAUCAACCUGAAAUUGCUCGAGGCCUUUAUGAAAAGGCUAAAAGUGAGAUGGAAGUCCGCCAUGAACGGUAAGGAAGCAGUGUCUAUGUGGAAGCAGGGUGGAUUCCACUUGGUUUUAAUGGACAUCCAGCUUCCGGUGAUGAACGGCCUGGAGGCGACCAAAGAAAUCCGACGGCUGGAAGCGGUCAACGGCAUCGGCGUUUUCAGCGGAAGUCCAAUCGAGACUGCCUUGAAACCGCCUACUAAGAACGGCGGACCCGUGGGCGAGGAGGAUACCUUGCCUGAUCGAACAAGCUUGUUCAAGAGCCCCGUCAUUAUCGUGGCUUUGACGGCAAGCAGUUUGCAGAGUGACAGGCAUGAAGCGUUGGCUGCGGGUUGUAACGACUUCUUGACAAAGCCUGUCAACUUUGUAUGGAUGGAGCGCAAAGUCACCGAGUGGGGAUGCAUGCAAGCCUUGAUUGAUUUUGAUGGCUGGAGGAGAUGGAAACAGUACGCCGACGAAAAGGCGGCCGAAGACCCCGCCAAAAAGGCAGCAGAGGAGAAAGAAGAAAAGGCCAAAGCAAAGGCCGCGCUCAAAGCCAUGUUCUCACGACCGCCACCAACAACCAAGAAGGAAAAGGAUAGUACGAGCACGGGGUCAACGAGCACUGUCGAGAGAGCAACGACCCCUGUGCAGAACGGAACGCCCAAGAAGGGUGGCGGUCCAGGCCCUGGCUCCGGUGCCAGGAGCCACAAAAGCAACCGCAGCAACGCCAGCGGAGCUGGGGGAAACCUGGAAAGUAUGGCAGAGGAGGAUGAAACCCCCAGAUCAUGA